AGCGAGUCAUCAGUAUACGUCAUCAGUAUGCGCCAGUUGCCGUGGCGACGUAUAUACGCGCCAUAUUGUUAUUUAGCAAAGACAUGCUAGCUACCGAUUAUGGCAAAAAUAAGUUCGGACAAGUUGUGGGAGCUGGCCGCGGCGGAGGUCCAAAGCCUGGAGAACGGAACAGCAGACGGUGGUGGAGGAGAAGAAGUCGGUGAGAGGACCGUCUUUCUGAUGGGGAGCAAGACUGGGGGUAAAACGUCCAUUCUACUCAGAUGUCUGGACAGGGAUGAACCGGCUAAGCCUACUCUGGCUCUGGAGUACACCUUUGGCAGGAGAGCCACAGGACACAACACACCCAAAGACAUUGCCCAUUUAUGGGAGCUGGGAGGCGGGACUUCCUUGUCAGACCUGGUCCAGAUUCCCAUCACUCCUGCCAGCAUAAGGUCUCUCUCCAUCAUCCUAGUUGUGGACCUCUCCAGUCCCAACGCCCUAUGGGGAACCAUGGAGAAGCUCCUGCAGGCGGUGCAAGCUCAAGUGGAGAAAGUUGCCUCUCAGGUUAGGCAGGCUGAAAAGAGCCGAGCUGGACCCAAACUCCAAAUGUCUGUCCCGUCAACAGCACGUGACCUGCCUAAAGACUACCCUGACAGGGAGCUGAUCAGUCCAUUUCCACUUCCUCUGCUCAUCAUUGGCAGCAAAUAUGACCUUUUUCAGGAGUUAUCCACCGACAAGAGGAAAGUGGUGUGUAAGACGUUGCGUUUUCUCGCUCACUACCAUGCAGCCUCUCUAAUUUUCACAAGCAUCAAGUCAGAGAGCCAGAUGUCAAAAACUAAGAUCUUCUUCUCCCAUCUGGCCUUCAACGUGGACACUGGUAAAACAAUGUCAUGUGACUCCAGUAAGCCACUCAUCAUUCCAGCAGGCUCUGACUCCCUCAGCCAAAUCGGAUCACCUCCCACGACUGAUGUGGACAUUACUUCCCUGCACGCCAGAAACCCCAAAGACCUGUGGAAGAAAGUCUAUGAACAAAUCUUCCCCCCAGAGAGCAUCAGUGAGCAGAAAGAACUGAAGGAUCCAGCCAAGGACCCUCAAUACAGCGAACCUCAGAUCGAUGCCAUGCGAGCGCAGAAAGAUCAGUUACCUCCGAAUCACAUGAUGCUACCUUUGAAGUGUGAAAGGAGUUGGAACAGUACAAGAAGAAUGCAGCAAAGUCAUGGAAAGGCCUGGAAUUGGACACGUAGGACAUACUGUUGGGCACAAGUGAUGCAAAAGAUGGAUGAAUGGCAAAGUUUUUUAAGGAUUAAGACACAAAUCAUGUAACUAUGUAUUAGUCCCCUUCAUAUCGUU